GGGUUUCCGCCAAUCUGGGGGGUUCGGAGCGCUGCUACCCCACAAUAUGCACCUCGCUUGUAGGUGUGUACUUCGUAUUACGGCAGCGUGGCUCAAUUUGCGUGAAACUUGUGCGCCGUGAGCGAAAGAGGUCUGCGGGCGGGAUAUUGAGUGCGGUUCGGUCUCGGACCGCGAGGUAGGAGGUCAUCUGCGGAUAUGGUUACUGCAGCGGAGCGAAGAGAAGAGGGGAUGGCCCGGUGUCUUCAGUGACCGAGUAUAAAGCCAGGUCGGUGUGGACCUCUAGCACAGUACUCAGCGUGCCUCCGUCCCAUCGUAUCCCGCCAUGCGUAUCCCCUCGCUCCUCUCCCUGUUCUUCGCGACCACGACCCUCGCGGCGCUGCCCUACAAAGGCAUAGACUGGUCGUCGCUGCUCGUCGAGGAGAAGGCAGGCAAGCAGUACAAGAACAGCGCAGGCCAGGUGCAGCCGCUCGAGACGAUCCUCAAGAACACAGGCGUCAACACGGUGCGGCAGCGCAUCUGGGUCAAUCCAGCCGACGGCAACUACAACCUCGACUACAACAUCCAGCUCGCGCGGCGCGCCAAAGCCGCAGGGCUCAACAUCUACAUCGACUUCCACUACAGCGACAGCUGGGCGGACCCGGGCAAGCAGGUUGUGCCCGCUGCGUGGAAGAGCCUCAACCGUGACGCGCUAGUCAAGCAGGUCUACGACUACACCAAGAGCGUGCUGGACCGGUUCCAGACCGAGGGCAUUCCGCUGCGGAUUGUGUCGAUAGGGAACGAGAUCACUGCGGGUCUGCUGUGGCCGAUCGGGCAGCUGAGCAACACGGAUGGGCCCAAGAAUGUCGCUGCGCUGCUGAAGAGCGCGUCCAAGGCUGUCAAGGAGUCGAGUCUGUCUGCUAAGCCCAAGAUCAUGAUCCACCUCGAUAAUGGCUUCUACUGGGGCACUCAGGAAUAUUGGUACGACACAGUCCUGUCCUCAGGCGGGGGUCUAUCGCUAUCCGACUUCGACAUUCAAGGCGUCAGCUACUACCCGUUCUACAACAGCGACGCAAACCUCGGCUCGGUCGCAUACAGCAUGACGCAAAUGGCCAACAAGUACGGCAAGGAAGUGCAGGUCGUCGAGACCAACUGGCCCAGCUCGUGCCCGAACCCAAAGUACGCCUUCCCCGCGGACACGAAGAGCAUCCCCAUCUCCGCCGCGGGCCAGUACGUCUGGAUGCAGGAAGUCGCCAAGCGCGUCGCGGCGGUGCCGGGCGGAAAGGGUACGGGCAUCUUCUACUGGGAGCCCAUGUGGAUUGACAACGCGGGGUUGGGGUCGAGCUGUGAUUGGAAUUUGAUGGUGCAGACGAACGGGCAGGUUAUGGAGGGGAUGGGUGCGUUCAAGGUUAUCUAGUGUGGCUCUUGAAGGGGUGUUGUAUUUAUAUAGGUAUAUAAAUUAUGUUUCCUAGAGUGUAUUGAGGUUGUGUCUCUCGUAACUGGCGUGAUGUGCGGAAUACAAAAGUGCAGAG